AUGGCCAAUGGGCCUUGUCAGGUGCUCGGCAAAGACGCCUUCACCGUGGGAUGGAUUUGUGCUCUUCCGAUCGAGCUGACCACGUCCGAGGGGAUGCUUGACGAUGUUUACCCGGCCCUUGAGCAGGUGCAAGGCGAUGAGAAUAUUUACACUCUAGGCCGUAUUGGGCAACACAAUAUUGUUAUCGCUUGGCUCUCCGCUGGCAGUACAGGGAUCGCACCUGCUGCGAAAGUCGCCAAGGACAUGCUUCGUAGCUUUCCUCGAAUCCGAUUCGGGCUGAUGGUCGGUAUCGGCGGUGGGGCUCCUAGUGUGAACGCAGACAUUAGGCUUGGCGAUGUUGUUGUUGGUGUACCAGAUGGGGAACUCGGUGGCGUGGUGAAAUUUGAUCGCGGGAAGACUGUGCAAAGUGGGACUUUCGAGCAUACGGGGGUGCUCAAUAUGCCUCCUGCGCAGGUCAGGAAUGGUGUGAACAAAUUACGUGCAAAGCAUGAGGCUCACAAAAGUCUGGUUGCCCGAUAUGUAUCGGAGAUGAUUCAGAAGGCUCUGCAGUCAGAAGAAGGAAACGCGCAAUUCGAAGAUCUUUAUUCUUACCAAGGGGCACAAUAUGAUCAGCUAUACGACUCAUCGUACGAGCAUGAAGAUUUCGAAUCGCAAUCUCAUCACUUUAUGGAUAAUUUGGUAAGAAUCUUCAUGGCCAUCUGUGUCACCAUUGCUGGAAGCAUCGCGAUCACCUGGAGUGGCUCUCUUGCGUUAUCCGUGAUUAUUUCUUUUAUGAUAUCACUGUUUGUUUUGAGGGUCUACGCGAAACGACAACAGGGAGUCCGGAGUACUGAGUUACAGGAUAUGAAGCAGCCUUGUCCAGGUUGCAAUCAGUUACGUUUGAUUCCAAGACAGCCCCGAGCCACGACAGAUCCAGUUAUUCAUUACGGAACCAUCGGCUCUGCAGAUCAGGUCAUGAGACAUGGCAUCACGCGUGAUGCCAUGAGAAAGAAACACCAGAUUUUAUGUUUUGAGAUGGAAGCAGCAGGUCUUAUGAACGAUUUUCCUUGCCUAGUCAUUCGAGGCAUUUGUGAUUAUUCUGAUACUCAUAAACACAAACUUUGGCAGCGCUAUGCCGCAGCAACGGCUGCUGCAUAUGCCAAGGAGCUUCUUGGAGUCAUUCCUCCAACCGAAGUUACGAAAAUGAAGGCUGCGGCUGAGAUCUCCGAGACAUUACGAAAUGAGAUUGCUGGAGUAAAUGCUAAGCUCAAUCCUCUUAUUUUUGGGCAUGAGCUAAAGAGACGCCGUGAUAUUCUUUCUUGGCUGGCUUCCUCUACACAUGAGGCCGAACAGGCGGACGUAUUCAACAAGCACCAAUCUGGCACUUGCCAAGGGUUUCUGAGCUCAAGUAAAUUCCUGGGCUGGAUUAAUGAAGAAAGCCCGACCCUAUUAUGCCCCGGAAUUCCGGGUGCUGGGAAGACCGUUCUAUCCUCCGUGGUAAUUGAUUAUUUACAGCGUGAGCAUGGUGAAGAAUCACAUAUCGCUUAUCUCUACUGCACAUACGGAAAGCGAAAAGAUCAAACAGCUUACAAUCUUUUGAGGACUAUAUUGAGACAAUUUUCGGAGCAAUCAACACCAAUCCCUAAAUCUGUCGAUUUACUUUAUGCAUUUCACACGAGUAGGCAUUCUAGGCCUACUUACGACGAAAUUGCUGCCACACUGCUAACGGUCUGCCGUGGGCUGAGCAAAUCUUUUCUGGUGGUCGAUGCGCUAGAUGAAUGCUCUGAUGAGACCUCGCAGGACUUGCUGAAAGAAGUCCAAAUGUUGCAAGCGCGGACGAAAUUAAGCUUUAUGGUAACAUCGCGCAAAUCUCUACAACAAGAGUUUGACAAUGCUUUGGUCUUAGAAAUCCGAGCGCAAGGAACGGAUAUCGAACGUUAUUUAGACAGUCGAUUGGGAAAGUUGUCCAGUUGUGUCACCAAAGACGAUAGAUUGAGACAGGAUAUCAAAGCGCAAAUCAUUCAGAGUUCUGAUGGGAUGUUUCUUCUGGCGACUCUCCAUUUUGAGUCACUGAAAGACAAGAAAACAAAGAAUGAGUUUCGAGAUGCCUUGAAGAACCUUCCGAGGGGAUUGCAUGCCCUGCAUAUGGCAUAUGAUAGUGCCAUGGAGAGAAUAAACCAGCAAAGGAACAAUGAUCGCCGCUGGGCUCAGCGCGUUCUCUCGUGGGUUGUACAAGCAGUGCGACCUUUGCGGCCAGAGGAGCUCCGACACGCCCUUGCUGUCAUUGAGGGCAACUACCAACUUGAGGAUGACAAUAUUCCGGUUUUAGAUGAAGUCAUUUCUUUAUGUGCAGGGCUUGUCUUGGUAAACCAAGACAGUAAUACCAUCCAGCUGGUCCAUUUCACGACUUACGAAUAUUUUAGCAACUACGACAUCAACUGGAGACAAGCGGCGCGAGAUCUUGUAGCUACAACGUGUACUACAUAUCUUCGGUUUAAUGUCUUUAAAUCAGGCUUCUGUCGGAGCCGCAGCGACUUCAACGCAAAAAUGAUAGCAAAUCCUCUCUAUGAGUAUGCUACUUCUAAUUGGGGGUACCAUGUUCAUUCUUCUACAUUACAGGAGACGGACUUGAUCACGGAAUUCCUUGAGCAAGAAGGAAACACUUCCGCAUGCGCCCAGGUACUGAUGAUCAAGAGAAAGCAAUCACAUGGGUUCUACGGUUGGCCCCAGCGGGUAUCUGGAAUUCACCUCGCGGCAUAUUUUGGUCUUGACAAAGCACUUCAAAUUCUGCUGAGAAGGCACCAUAUAAAAAACCUUCUUGAUAGUAACGAACAAACACCAUUAUGCUGGGCCGCUCGUGGUGGACAAGAAGCAACAACAAAAAUAUUGCUCCAUCAUGGCGCUGAUCCAAAUCUUGCAACUCAAAGCACCGAUGAACUGAGAUCUUCGUAUGUGGGCCCUCCAACACCAAUUGGAUGGGCUGUCAGAAUUGGAAGUGAGAUAAUAGUCGACCUUCUGCUGUACCAUGGUGCCAAUCCCGAGCCUCGUUUUGAAGGCGGAUACUCGCCCCUUUGGACAGCAGUACAAAGUGGAAAUGCCGAAAUUGCCAGGCUAUUACUUGAACAUCAAGCCAAUCCCAACCUGGGCCGUCACAGCCCCUCUCCUCUUUGGUGGGCCACCCACGUGACAGAUUUAGUGACGGUCAAACUGUUACUGAAACACGGAGCGAAUCCGGAUCUGUGCCAUCCAGAUGGAAGCUCCCCUCUUUGGUGGGCUGCACGUACUCCGAAUGCGGAGAUGGUCAAAUUAUUACUGAGCUACCAUGCUGACCCGAAUCUUUGUCAUUAUGAUGGAAGCUCCCCUCUCUGGUGGGCUGCACGAGAGGAUAAUGUCGAAAUUGUCAAAGUGUUGCUUGGAUGCAAGGCGAAUCCAGACCUACAUCGCAAAGAUAGGCACACUCCUCUUUUUUGGGCACAAAGGAAUGGUAACUCGGAAAUCAUCCAGCUACUGAAUGAGCAUAAUGCAAUUUCGUUCUAA